AUGAAUCAUUUAAAAAAUAGAAAAAAACCAAUAACGGAAAAUGGAGAUAAUAGUAGUAAUAUCAUAGAUCCAAAUAGUGAACAAUCUUUUUUAAGCCCUAGCCCGUCAUCGAAUGAAUCGUUAAGGAGCGAUAGAAGUGAUAGUAUAUCUUCUUCAUCAUCAACAUCAUCAGCAUCAAACUCAUCCUCUUCAUCAUCGAACAAUAGUUCUAUUAGUCCAAAUAAUAACCCAAACAAUAGUAAUAAUAUCAUUGGUGCAACUACUACCAUUGGACCACCGCCACCUGAAGUUGUUCAAAAGAUGGGAUCAAGUUCAUCAAAGUCAUCAACAAAAAGUAGGCAAUCUUCAUCAUCUAAUACAAUUGAUGACGAAAUUGGGGAUCUUGAAAGUAACGGUAGUGAUAGGAGGGAUUUGUUCUUUUAUAACGAUACCGACGAAGAAAAAGAACAGCUCGAGGCAGAAGAUUACGAGGAGCUCGAAAGUAUAUAUAAUUCAAAGAAUCAAAAAAGGUUAAGAGAGUUGCAAAAAAAAAUUCCACAACCCAUUCCACGAACCCCAACGCCAUUAAAUGAAAAGCAUAGUUAUUUUGAAAACAAGUUUCCAACAUUAUUCUACACAAAUAGAAUACAUUUAUGGUUAAGUUAUAUAUUGUUUAUCUUUACGCUGGUGUUUUCUUGUUUAGCAGUUGGACCAUUGUUAUGGAUACCGGUAGCAAAAGAUUCUGGGUGCGUUUGGUGUAGAUUAUUUAAAUUGGAGUGGAUAAUUUCAUUUAUGUCUUUAUUAUCAGCAUUGUUUCACUACACAAUUAGAAGAGAUUUAUAUCCAUUGUAUUUGGCCGCAAUUGGUUUCUACCAUGUAUUGUCAUAUAACGAACCUUAUCUAGAGCCAUUCCGUAUCAAUAAUGUAUUUUCAUUAAUUUUAACUUUAAUAUGUUGCUUUAUUGCAUUUUAUCCAAGGAAUAGACAAAAAAGAAAGUUACAGCAGGCUCAGCAACAAAGACAACAACAAAGACAAAAACAACAACAACCACCUAUACCAUUAUACAAAAGACUAUUACAAAAUGAAUGGUUUCAUACAUUGGUUCAAAUAUUAAUAGUGUUGGGAAUAGUUGUAUUACUCUUUUUCUCUAUUUUCAUUUUGGCUUUAUUUAUGAAGGAUGACAAACCAUUUACUUCAACCCCAAAUAUAAACAAUUCUGGUGUCCCUAAUAAAAAUGUUCAGAAUCCUCAACAUAACCAAAAGUCUAGCAGCUCAUCCGAAGAAAAUAUAGAGUUUUAUAUGGAGAAUGCAUUUCAUAUUUUAAAACAAUUGGUCUUUAAGAAAUUCGUUAGCUCGGCGGUGGUCUAUUUAAUAUUGAUUACAUUAUUAUUUUGUAUAUCAUUGGUUUACCAUUGGGAAGUUAAUAAACCAUACACAUUGUUGGCCUUGGCGUCUAUGUUACCUCAACUUACUCAAGCAUUAUAUAUAGUAGAGUUAUCAUUGUCCUCUGGCUUACGAUUCAACAGCGAAAAUCCUCUAGGUGGUGGAAUUUUUUAUAUUCUCAAUGUAAUUUCAUAUACAGUAUUUUAUUGUGGUUUAGCUAUAGAUGUGGUUUUGGCAAGUGGUGAAAAAUAUCAUAGAUUGAAGAGACAGGGUGAAAGAUAUCAUCGUAGACUAUCAACACAAAUUAGUGAACAAAAUGCAUUUGUAAAUAAAAUAUAUGCCAAUGGAACAGCUCAGUUAUUGCAGAAAAUGGAGUUUAUGCAAAGAUUUGUAGAUAAGAUUUUAAACUCAACAUUAGAAAUUUCAAACAAACUUCAAAAACUAGAAUCAUCAGAUCAAGAAAUCCCAUCGCUAUUGGUAGAGCAGUUAAACGAAAUCCAACACCAAACGAAUCGUUCAUUGUUACUCUUAAAUGAUACAAAGUUAAUAUUAGCAAUUGAAUCAGGUGUAAUAUCCCGUGAAGAUGUAUCUGUAAAUAUAUUCGAUUUCUUAGAGGAUGUUUUAGAGAGAACAAGCAAAGAUAUUAAAUUUAGCAAUAUUGAGUUAGUAUAUCGUAUCGAUAAAGACGUACCAUUAAAUUUAAUUUUCGACCCAACUGCCCUAACUCAAAUUUGUUUUCAAUUAUUAUCAAAUGCUAUAAAGUAUACCGAAGAAGGUGAAAUUGGUAUAAUAAUUAGAAAAUCAAAUCGAUCAACAUUAAAUAAUAGUAGCAAAGGAAAUAAUAGUAGCAACUUGAAUAAUGGUACAAAUGAUAACAGUAAUAUUAACACAGAUACCAGUAACACACAGGAUGCCAGUAGUUCUAAAUCAUCUAAUAAUGAAAAUGAUGGCACAAGUAGUAAUGGUAAAUUAAAUAAUAAUAUUAACGAAGAGAAAGAAGAGGUCUAUGAUACCAAUAAUCCACCUCCACCUAUUGUUGGUCAAGAACAACAAAUUUAUUUAGAAAUUUUAAUAUUUGAUUCGGGUCCAGGUAUGACCGAUGAGGAGCUGGCAAUUUGUAAUAUGUUUCAACCAUUCCCAUCUAUUGGGGAGGAUUCUUCCGCUAGUUUAAGAAAGAAAGGUUCAGGAUUGGGGUUACUAAUUUGUAAUAAAAUAUUAAAGUCCAUUGGAGGUGAUUUAUCAGUUGAACGUGACCAAGAUACAGGUGGUUCAGUUUUUAAAGUUUGUUUACCAGUUUUAGUUGAUCCCGAGCCAAAAGAAAAGUACACAUUCCAAACGCCAUUAUCUGAUGAAGCAAGCGAAAUGCUAUCAAAUCUUAAUGUUUUAAUUAUUGAUGAUAAUGAAACAUCUCGAUAUUCUACAAGUUUUAUUUUCAAAUCCAUAUUCAAAUCCAAAGUUAUUAGAACUGCUAAUAGUAGUGUAGAGGGUAUCCGUGAAUUAAAAUUGGCUGUGGCAGUAAAGGAGGAUUUCAAAUUAUUGUUAGUUGAUUACCAUAUGCCAGGUUGCGAUGGUUUAGAGGCUAUUCAAAUGAUAACUGAUAAUCCAAUGUUUUCAGAUGUAAAAAUCGUUUUAAUGGUUAUCCCAUCAGAUUCAAUUCUUCACAAUGAAAAGACCAAAAACAUAACAACUCUUACCAAGCCUGUGACACCCACCAAUUUGUUUAAUGCAAUUGCCAAAAUAUUCCAAAUCAAAGGUACUUUUGAUACAUCAACUCACGAUACAUUAAAUGGCCAUGUUCAAAUUCCAUUAAAACGUAGUCGCCUCAAGUUCAAAAUCGAUUUUCCAUUUAGAUUGCCCGAAACUGGUAAACCAAUUAUGAGGGUGCUUAUUGGUGAGUCUGAUUUCGCAACACAAUCUAAAAUCCAAAAAGUUAUUGAAGGAUUUGGUUACUUUUCAACAUUUGUCACUGAUGGUAGUUCAUUAAUCUCCCUCUCUAAAAAGAAUUACUAUGAUUUGGUAAUUGUAGAUCUCGAGUUACAAAUUACAGAUGGCUUUGAAUGUGCCUCAAUAAUCCGUGAAUCACAUGGCGAAAUAUUUUCAAAUACUAUCUUUGUUCCAAAACCAAUUUCCACACCAUCAAGAGCAACUGGCCGUAGAUCAUCCAUUGGUUCUUUUCAAAAUGCUUCACCAUCGAUGACAGAAUUAAGUCAUAGAAGACGCGUUAAGUUACCGGUAGUUGGAAUUUGGCACCACAGCGAAGCCAUUCCAUCAGAUGUUUUAGAAAAAAUUAAAAGUCAUGGUUUCGAUGGAUGGUGUUCAUUUAGCAAUUUAGAGCAGUACCUAAGGGACUUUUUGGUUGAUUUCGACAGAAAAAGAAAAUCAAAUAUUCUUUCACCAAUUAGAUUGUUUCCUAAUGGUAGCCCAAUGGUUGAGGUCAGUAAAAGUGAUCAGUCUUCACCAAAUUCAUUGUUAUUAAAUGAUAACCAGUCAUCUGUAGCUUAUUCACCAACUAUUGUCGAUUCGCUUGAGUUGCAACCAAUACAACCAGAAUAUAAAAAAGAAUCGACACAGGAUCAAAAAGCUUCGCCAUCAUCGUCAUCAUCACCAUCAUCUUUGCAACAAGACCAACAAUUGCAACCACAAUCAAUAUUACCUCCAUCACAGCAACAGCAACAACAUCAACAGCUACAACCAUCGCCACAAUCAAGUGAUGGCCAACAGGAACAACAAAUUACGCCACCAACUUCACUGGUUAGCAUACAACAGUCAUCAUCCCAAUCGACUCCAUUGUUUAAUCAAGCACAAUCAUCUUUGCCUCUAUCAAGACAGCUACAAAAACAACUACACAGCAGUAAUAAUUUAUUAUCUUCAUCAAAUAGCAGCAGCAGUAGUAGUAGUACUGCAAACAGUGGUUCAAGAAUGGAAAAAAGAGGUUCUGGUAUUCCAAUAUUAUCAAGUGGUUCUCGUGAUUCACCCCAAACUUCAAAGAUGGCACUAAAGAGGGUACAAGAUUUAGAAAAUGUUAUUAGUAAAUUUGUUCCAAUAGAGUUCCAACAAUUAAUUGCACCAUCAGGUAUGGAGAAUGUCUAUUUGGGUGAUGCAAUUUGCAAAUCAAUUACAAUUUUCUUUUCAGAUAUCAGGGAUUUUACUUCAACUACAGAGAAGAUGCUGGUAGAUGACGUAAUUGAUUUCUUAAACACCUAUUUGGCAUUUGCAUUGCCAGCCAUUACAGAAAUGGGUGGUUUUAUCGAUAAAUUUAUUGGUGAUGCUAUUAUGGCUAUUUUCCCAAAUUCAGAUAUGAGAUUGCAGGCAAUUAGUGCAGUCAAAGCAGCCAUUGGUAUGAUGAGAUCACUAGAUUUCAUGUCUGUUUCCGGAUUUAGGUUUUCAUCAGUCGAUACUGGAAUAGGUAUUAACACUGGUAAGACUAUUAUCGGUAUUGUAGGUACAGAAACUAGAAUGGAGCCAACAGCUUUGGGCGAUGCAGUCAAUCUUGCUUCUAGAACUGAACAGCUUUGCAAAGAAUAUCAAUCACGUAUUUUAAUCACUCAGUUCACAGUCGAAGCUAUUGGCACCUCUAUUGAUGAGUUUGUUAUUCGUUUGGUCGAUAGUGUUACAGUUAAAGGUAAAAGUGAAGCUGUCAAUAUUUAUGAAGUUAUAGAUGGUGAAAGGGAAGAUAAAAGAGUAACUAAAAUGAAAAUAUUACCUUGGUAUCAGAAUGGUAUCGAUCUUUAUAAAAGGCUUUGUUAUGAAGAGGCUUUAUCCUAUUUCCAAUUAUGCGCCGAAAUUAUGCCAAAUGAUAAACCAACUCUUAUUUAUAUUCAAAGGUGUAUCCACAGUAUUAAAAACAAUCUAACAAUUGAUCAGCAAUUGGUACAGGGUGUAAUUCAGUCCAGUGAUUUUGAACAACAACAGCACCAAUUACAAAAUAAUUUAAGAUAUCAACAACAGUUGCAACAACAACAGCAGUUACAACAACAACAGCAAGAACAAUUCAACCAACAACAAAAACUACAAGAGGAUCAACAACAGCAGUUGAGCCAUCAACAUCAAUUACAACAACAAAGUUUACAAAAUAUACAACAUCAACAACAGCAAAGUUUAUAUUCUCUGCAAAGACAAGAUGAUAAAAAUAUGGAAGAAAAAUAUCAUAAACAUGAAAAUGAACAAUUAAAAGAACCACAGGCACAACAAACACAGGUGCAACAGAUGCAGCAACCACAGGUACAACAAACACAGCAACAGCAACAACAACAGGAACAACAACAGGAACAACAGCAACAACAACAACAACAGCAACAACAACAACAACAGCAGCAAUAA